AGCACACAGGCAAGCUCAACACUUAGCAGCCACAGUGCGUGUCACUCAUUUGAAUACGUGGUGAAAAGAAAAUGCACACAUUUUAUGCAUUAAGAAAGUUAGCCAUUGUCCUAAGGUAAUUUUGGUAUGCAGAGGCUUUAAGGAAUUUCUCGGACAUGCUGUGCAGAAACAAGAGGCAGACACAUAGCAAUGGAAGGCAGUGAAAGCAACCACUGAAGUGAACAUCGCCUGAACAAGCUCAUUUAGAAAAGAAUGAAGAUCAUUUUGGAAGAAAGGAAACACUCCAUCUGAGACAGGCAGCAGACAGGCAGAGGAGGAACCUUCAGGAUGAUCUCAUUACGUCUGAUGGUACAUUUCCUCUUUUUUGCCUCAGUUUCUGGAGAAUGUGUGACCAAGCUUUUCAAAGACACCUGCUUUCAAGGAGGAGAUAUUAGCACUGUUUUCACACCGAGUGCCACGUACUGCCAAGUGGUCUGCACCCACCACCCCAGGUGCCUGCUCUUCACUUUCAUGGAUGAGUCAUCAUCUGGCGACCCUACCAAAUGGUUUGCUUGCACCCUGAAAGACAGUGUCACAGAAACACUGCCAAUGGUAAAUAUGACAGGAGCAGUUUCUGGAUAUUCCUUCAAGCAAUGCCCUCAACAACUAAGUGCUUGCAGCAGAGAUGUGUACGUGGACCUAGACAUGAAGGGCAUGAACUAUAAUAGCUCUGUUGUGAAGAACGUUCAGGAAUGUCAAGAGCAAUGCACAAAUGAUGCCCACUGCCACUUUUUCACGUACGCGACAAAGCAUUUCCCUAGCCUGGAGCAUCGUGAAAUUUGUCUGUUGAAGUACACCCAGACAGGGACACCAACCAGAAUAACGAAGCUCAGUAAUGUGGUAUCUGGAUUUUCUUUGAAAUCCUGUGCGCUUUCUAACUUGGCUUGCAUUAGAGACAUUUUCCCCAGCACGGUGUUUGCAGACAGUAACACUGACAGCAUUUUGGCCCCGGAUGCUUUUGUUUGUCGCCGAAUUUGUACCCAUCAUCCCAAUUGCUUGUUUUUUACCUUCUUUUCCCACGAAUGGUCAACAGAAUCUCAAAGAAAUCUUUGUCUCCUUAAAACAUCUGAAAGUGGAUUACCAACUACACGCAUUAAAAAGAGCAAUGCCUUCUCUGGCUUCAGCCUCCAACACUGCAGGCACAGCGUCCCAGUGUUCUGUCAUUCUUCAUUUUACCGUGACACUGAUUUCUUGGGAGAAGAAUUGGACAUUAUUGAUGUGAAAGAUCAUGAAGCCUGCCAGAAAAUGUGCACCAAUACCAUUCGCUGCCAGUUUUUUACCUAUUCCCCAUCUCAGGAUUCUUGCAAUGAAAGAAAGGGCAAAUGUUACUUAAAACUUUCUUCAAAUGGAUCUCCCACUAGAAUACUUCAUGGGAGAGGAGGCAUCUCUGGAUACACGCUGAGGCUGUGCAAAAUGGAUAAUGAGUGCACAACUAAAAUCAAGUCCAGAAUUGUUGGAGGAACUGCAUCUGUUCAUGGUGAGUGGCCAUGGCAGGUAUCUCUGCACACCACCUCACCCACCCAGAGACACCUGUGUGGAGGCUCCAUCAUUGGAAACCAGUGGAUACUAACUGCUGCUCACUGUUUGCAUGGAGUAGAGUCACCUAAAAUUCUGCAUGUCUAUAGUGGUGUCAUAAAUCAAUCAGAAAUAAAUGAAGAUACUACUUUCUUCGGGGUUCAAGAAAUAAUAAUUCAUGAGGAAUAUAAAAUGGCAGAGAGUGGGUAUGACAUUGCUCUGUUGAAACUGGAAUCAACUAUGAAUUACACAGAUUCUCAACGACCAAUAUGCCUGCCUUCCAAAGGAGAUAGAAAUGUACUCUACACUGAAUGCUGGGUGACUGGAUGGGGGUACAGAAAAGUAAGAGACAAAAUACAAAAUACUCUCCAGAAAGCCAGGAUCCCCUUGGUUUCAAAUGAAGAAUGUCAGACAAGAUACAGAGGACAUAAAAUCACCAGCAAGAUGAUCUGUGCAGGAUAUAAAGAAGGAGGGAAGGAUGCAUGUAAGGGAGAUUCUGGGGGCCCCCUAUCCUGCAAACACAAUGAGGUCUGGCAUUUGGUGGGCAUCACAAGCUGGGGUGAAGGCUGUGGUCAGAAGGAGCGGCCAGGCAUCUAUACCAAUGUGGUCAAGUAUGUGGACUGGAUUUUGGAGAAAACACAAGCCGUGUGAAAGAGCCAGAUUGCUGCCUGGAAGAGGGCUUGAUGUCACCAGAAAAGAUACUGAGACAUCCUGUUUCCUCCACAGUAACAAACUGGAAGGGCUUGAUAUCCAUAGGAAAAUACAAAAAGAAAACAUUC